AUGGUAUUGGAUAUUGAAUCCAAUGCCGUGAAGAAUUCACACUAUUCUGGAGGCAAGAGUGCAGAUGACCCUUUUUGUAAUCCACUGGGUGAGCCUGAAUAUCCUCAGUUGUCAAAGGAAGGUGAUAUCAUGAUUGGAGGGAUUUUCUCAUUUCAUAGCAGCUGGAAGGACAGGAAGCUCUCCUACACACGCACACCUCCACCUAUCCAGUGCACCAAUGUAAAUCUGAGAGCAUUCCAAUUUGCCCAGACAAUGAUCUUUGCCAUUGAAGAGAUCAACAAUAGUACGGAUUUGCUACCUGGCAUAUCUCUUGGCUACAAGAUGUAUGACUCUUGUGGCUCCUCUGCAACUGCUGGAAAGGCAGGACUGGCACUGACAAAUGGGUACCAGGAUUCAGCCUCAGCUACUCCAUGCUCCAACACAGCUUCAGUUCAGGCAAUCCUCGGAGAGACCUCCUCUUCAUCCUCCAUCGCCAUAUCUACAGUCAUUGGACCAUUUAACAUUCCAUUGAUAAGUCACUUUGCUACCUGUGCAUGUCUCAGUGACAAAACCAAAUAUCCAUCAUUUCUCAGAACCAUUCCCAGUGAUUAUUACCAGAGCAGAGCACUGGCUCAGCUGGUGAAGCACUUUGGCUGGACCUGGGUUGGGGCAAUCAGAUCAGAUGAUGACUAUGGAUACAAUGGCAUGGCAGCCUUUAUUAAAGCUGCCCAGGAACAUGGGGUUUGUAUUGAGUAUUCAGAGCCCAUUUUCAGAACCUAUUCUAGAGAGAAAUUCUUUAGAGUUAUACAGAUUAUAAAGCAGUCCAGCUCUCGGGUGAUUGUGGCAUUCGUUUCUCACUUGGACAUGGAUGUACUGCUCCAUGAACUAGCCCACCACAAUAUUACAGGCUACCAGUGGAUAGGCAGUGAAGGCUGGAUCUCUGACUCCUACAUUGCCAAAGUGGAUGUUCACCACAUACUAUCUGGAUCAAUAGGCUUUUCAAUUCCAAGAGCAAAGGUUACAGGCUUAAAGGACGUCCUCUUUGAUGUUCUAGCACUGAAUUCAUCCGGCAGCGUUAUUUUCACAAAGUUCUGGGAAACCCUGUUUAGUUGCAAACUUCCCAGCUGGAAUUCUUCAAAAAAUGCCAAAGAGUGUACAGGCACAGAAGAUUUGAGUGGAGUAGAAAAUACAUACACUGAUUUAUCCUUGAUGCAGAUUUUCAAUAAUGUCUACAAGGGAGUGUAUGCAGUGGCCCAUGCACUUCAAGAGAUUUUAACUUGCAGCAAUGGUGCUCAUCUGUCCAACAGAAAGAUAUGUUUCAAUAAUGAACUACUGACACCACUGAAGUUUCUACAGCAUUUGAAAAAAGUUCAUUUCAGAACCAAGGAUGGUGAAGACGUUUAUUUUGAUGAGAAUGGAGAUCCACCUGCAAAGUAUGAGCUGGUUAACUGGCAGCAGAACAGCAAAGGCCAGAUUGAGUUUGUGACUGUUGGACUUUAUGAUGAAUCCUCACCUAUGGAGGAACACUUAACACUAAGCAAUGUGUCAAUUUUGUGGGCACAGAAUGCAAAACAGGUACCUGUGUCAGUGUGCAGUGAGAGCUGUCCCCCAGGCACUCGGAAGGCUGUUCAGAGAGGAAGGCCUGUCUGCUGCUAUGACUGUGUGCCCUGUGCUGAGGGUGAAAUCAGCAAUACAACAGAUUCUAUCUUGUGUGUACAGUGCCAUUCAGACUAUUGGUCAAAUAAAAAGAGAGUUGAAUGCAUCUUGAAAGAAACAGAAUAUUUAUCCUAUCAUGAAAUUAUGGGAAUACUGCUUGCAUCAAUCUCUUUACUUGGGACAUGCACAACCAGUAUUGUGGUGACCAUUUUCUUCAUGUACAGACACACCCCCAUUGUGAAAGCCAACAACUCAGAGCUGAGCUUCUUGCUGCUCUUUUCAUUGAAACUGUGUUUCCUUUGCUCUCUUACUUUCAUCGGCCGGCCCUCUGAGUGGUCCUGUAUGCUGCGCCACACUGCGUUUGGGAUCACCUUUGUCCUCUGCAUCUCUUGUGUUCUGGGGAAAACAAUAGUGGUGUUAAUGGCCUUCAGGGCUACUCUUCCAGGGAGUAAUGUCAUGAAGUGGUUUGGGCCUCUCCAGCAGAGACUUAGUGUUCUUGCUUUCACUCUGAUACAAGUCCUUAUUUGUGUGCUUUGGUUAGCAAUAUCCCCUCCUUUCCCCAACAAAAACAUGAAGCACUACAAAGAAAGGAUCAUUCUAGAAUGUGAUGUAGGAUCAGCUGUGUGGUUCUGGGCUGUACUGGGUUAUAUUGGAUUCCUGUCUGUAUUGUGCUUUGUUUUGGCUUUUCUGGCUCGUAAGCUGCCUGACAACUUCAAUGAAGCCAAAUACAUCACAUUCAGCAUGCUCAUAUUCUGUGCAGUCUGGAUUACGUUUAUACCAGCUUAUGUCAGUUCACCAGGAAAGUUCACUGUAGCUGUGGAAAUAUUUGCCAUUUUAGCUUCCAGUUUUGGAUUGCUCUUUUGUAUCUUCAUACCAAAAUGUUAUAUAAUCAUACUAAAACCAGAGAAAAACAGCAAAAAGAACUUAAUGGCUAAAAUACCAUCUAAACCUCAGUGA